GACAAGAAGCAAGUACUCACGCAGUAACAAGAGCGCAACGAAGAAGAAGAAGAAAUAGCAAUGGUUGAUGGGAAUGGUAGUAGUAAGGACCAGCAAAAUGAAAAAGAAAAAGGAAAUGAACGAAAAAGGUUCUUCGUGGCGGUUCAUGUUGGCGCCGGUUACCACUCUCCUUCUAACGACAAACCCCUCAGGUCCGCCAUGAACCGCGCUUGCAUCGCCGCCUCUCAACUCCUUUCCGAUGGUUCAGGACAAUGCAUAGACGCUGUUGUGGCUGCCAUUCAAGUCUUGGAGGAUGAUCCAAGCACAAAUGCAGGAAGGGGCUCUAAUUUGACAGAAGAUGGCGGCAUUGAGUGUGAUGCCAGUAUCAUGGAUGGCAAAUCUGGAGCUUUUGGUGCUGUUGGAGCUGUGCCAGGUGUCCGAAAUGCUAUCCAAAUUGCUGCUUUGUUGGCCAAAGAGCAAAUGACUGGAUCUCCACUUUUGGGCCGAAUUCCACCAAUUUUCUUGGUGGGUGAAGGAGCUCGUUCAUGGGCCAAGUCGAAGGGCAUUGAUUUGCCAUCUAGUAUAACGGAGGCCAAUGAGUGGCUGGUCACAGAAAGGGCUAAAGCACAAUGGUCAAAAUACAAAUAUAUGAUUGAAGCUGCAAGAUCUAAAACAGAAGACUCUCCCAACAAAUGUUCUGGGGUAUGUGGAAGUACUGCAAUGGCAGGUAUAUUGGAACACUUCGAUGGAAUAGUAAAUAAUUUGUCAUAAUUAAAUAUACCACUAAUUAUCCAACAGGUUAGUGGACGAGUUGGGUUAGCAGCAAUGUACGGUUCAGGUUGUUGGGCAUCAUCAAAAGAUCCCUUUGGAUCUCCAUUCAAGGUUGGCUGUUGCGUCUCAGGUGCAGGAGAGCACCUAAUGAAAGGAUUCGCAGCUAGGGAGUGCUGUGUUUCAUUGUCACUUUCACAGUCUGGUGCUGCCUCUGCUUGCGCCAAAGUCUUACGUGCAGUUGCUGAGGAUAGCAAUCAAAGUGGCAUAGAUAGCAAUGAUGGGAUCUUGGUUGUGCAGUCGGAUUUAUCUACAAUUGAUUUAGGAAAAUCAUCAAGGCUGAAUGCUGUGGAAAUGGCAGCUGCUUACACUUCCUUGUCCUUUGGGGUAGGGUAUUUUGGAAGCUCUAUGGAACGGCCCAAGGUUUCAAUUCUUCGGAGUACAAAACAAAAGGGGAAGACUUCGGUUGAUCAGUUUGGAGCACGAAUAGAUCUUUAAAUGGAUGAUUAUUGAGAUCGCCAGUUAAAUUUGGUCAAAGAUGAAGAAUUGGAAUUCAUAUGGCACUUACAUUAAAAACCCUUACAAAGAUUUUCUCUUAAAAUUUUGUCACUGCUAUUUAUUGUACCAUGUAUUGGUUGGGGACUGAAACUAUGUUACAAUGCUGCAAACGAACAGAUCUUUAAGAUUAGUUGAACCUCUUAACCUAACAGAUGAAAUAUCCACUUUGGCACUUCUUAAAAUGAUGCUGCCAUUGGUUCUGAAAUAUCUAUCUUUUAGAAUCUUAA